AUGUUCGCAAUCCGUCCAACGCCAGGAAAAGGUCUCGGAGUUUUCUCCACCACCAAUAUCACUCGUGGAAGUCGGAUUCUCUCUGAGAAAGCUCUUAUCUCCGUUCAGGGCGAUUCGCAAUGGUCUAUCCUCUCCGCCGCGGACGGUCUGGACUCAUCGGCUCGAUUGAGAUUCCUCGAUCUGUCAAUUAACCAAGCAAAGCACGUAUCCUGGCUGAGUCGACUACACACCCUAUGGAUCAGCAAGUCGAAGCCGCUCUCUUUCUCUGCCAAUCACACAAUACUGAAUGUAUUUCGGAACAACAACUUCGACAUUGGGAAAGAAAUCAGAGCACUAUUUCCGCAGGUAGCACGCCUCAACCAUGCUUGUGUGCCCAAUGCGCAGGGUAAUUUCCAUCCGAGUCUCAACGAGUUCACCAUCCAUGCAACGAAGGACAUUGCCACGAACGAGGAAAUAACAAUCUCCUACUUGAAACACCAAUUCGCGUCAAGAGAAGUCAGGCAACAGCAUCUGAGCUCAGGCUAUGGCUUCCACUGCGAUUGUCCUGCAUGCAAGUCAGAUUCGCCACUUGGUCAAGCUAGCGAAGCCCGCAGAGAAAACAUUCGUCAACGACUGGAGGCUUUCGCAACAAAAGCAUCGUCUUCGGAAGAGAACUCCGAAGGUGAGCUUGUGGUCUUGAAACACUUGCUCGUGGCAUACGAGGAAGAAGGUAUUCGAGGGCGAGAAGUUGCCACGAUGUAUAUGGCUGCAGCAAAGUUGGCAUUGGCCCAAAGCGAUAAGUGCACCGCUCGAGAGCUGGCCAAGAGAGGAUUGGAACUGGAAGAAGAAGCGAUUGGGACCGAUAGCCCAAUCUAUCAAGACACUUUGAAAGAAGCAAGUUCCAUGAUGUCCUGA